AUGACAUGCAGUCAAUGGUCUUCAUUGCAGGAUGCACACAAGCAGCCGAGGAUUCGCCUCGCCUUCCUGGCCAGACGAGCAGAUUGCUUCGCCAGCUGCUGCACGGGAGAAGUCCAAGGCAUUGUCGUUUCAAAGUCCAGCUACGAGUUUGUGCGGCUGCCAACGACACCAGUCUUUGCUACUGUCGAUUUGCCUGCACCUGAACCACCGGAGCUGGGGGAAAGAAGCUUCAGCACCGCACCAGGACCAGAAGCAAGCGGACUUACCCCGAGGGAGGACAGGUCUGUCCCGGCAGGUUUACUCAGUGGCGUUUCUUGGUGA